AUGGACACAGCAAUUGAUCUGUCUGAUGCCUCCAAGGCACUGGACCUCGCCAAUAUCCGUUUCCAGCUGAUUCGGCUUGAGGACACCAUUACCUUUCACUUCAUCGAGCGAGUCCAGUUCCCGCUCAACAAGACCAUUUAUGUCCCCGGCGGCGUGAAGAUCCCCAACAGCGAACUCAGUCUCAUGGAUUACUUGCUCCGUGAGCAGGAACGAAUCCAAUCGCGCGUGCGCCGCUUCCAGUCCCCCGACGAGUAUCCUUUCUUCCCCGACGUGCUGGAGGAACCGAUCCUGCAGCCGUUGCAGUACCCUCGCAUCUUGCACGACAACGACGUGAACGUCAACGAUAUCAUCAAGGAACGGUACAUCACUGAGGUUCUUCCUGCUGUGUGCCCGCAAUUUGGACGUGAAGACCGCGGUGAGGCCCAGGAGAACUACGGCUCUGCGGCUACGUGUGACGUUUCCUGUCUGCAGGCGCUCUCGCGUCGCAUCCACUUUGGCAAAUUUGUGGCGGAGUCCAAGUUCCAGAAGGACCCGGAGACUUUUGUUCGCUUGAUCAAGGCUGAGGACCGAGCUGGUAUCGAUGCGGCCAUUACCGAUUCCAAGGUUGAACAGAAGGUGCUGGAGCGCUUGGGUCUGAAGGCCAAGACUUAUGGUACCGAUCCUGCUUUCCCGGAUGAGAAGGGCCAGAAGAUCAAUGUAGAUGCUGUGGUUGCCAUGUACAAGGAAUGUGUGAUUCCUCUUACGAAGGUGGUCGAAGUUGAAUACCUUAUGCAGCGCCUGAAGGGUACCCAAUGGGAGUAG